AUGGAGUCCUCCCGCCUUCCAAUCGAGCUUUGCGAGGCCAUCAUGAACGCACUCCCCGACUACUACGAGUUUUGUCCCCCGCUCUGGCUUGCGGAUCCGUGGGACUAUGUCGAUUUCGUACUCAGCCAAUGUGCGCUGUAUGCGUGCGCUCUUACCUGUCAUGCGUGGCGGGUGCGGGCGCAAUACCUCCUCUCAACCUUCCCUCAUAUCCGCAAUCAUGCAAACCUCGCUCAUUUUACCAUGGCCGUCGAAGAAUCUCCCAUCACCGGACUCACCCUAGGGGGGUACUACGAUGACCCUGAACCGUUCGAUGCCAGCAAGGCCAGCGAGCUCUUCAUGCGCUCUUGCCCCCGUUUACAGCACUUGCGGUGUCUCAAGGCUCGCUUUGACCGCGGACCCCCUGUCCGACUCCUCCGCAUGCUGCCAUUCUUCGCCAGUAUAACCACCCUGCAACUGUGGGAAUGUACCUUCCAGAAUUUCAGGGCGAUGAUGGACGUUGUGUGGGCCUGCCCGAACCUCGCCAUGCUGGAGAUAUGUGCCCCUGGGUUCAAAGCGCAGCCCUCUUCCCCCGCGCGGCUCCAGCAGAUACAUGUGCGCCCUAUCGGCAAGUUGACAUGUCCCGCCGUUCAUUUUGAGACCGUCAAUGACCUAUUCUUUAUACAGAGAAUGUGGGGCCCCGAUAGUGCUAGACUAAGUGGUGUAGGCCGCGUGUUCGGGUGUGCCGUUACGGAGCUGUACUUUGAGAUGGUUGGGCCUUAUUCUCGCGAGAUGCUCGGCAACCUGUUGAGGGACUCCUUUCCCGCUUUGCGCUCAGUCACAGUCUUCUAUGACUUAGGCUUUUUGAAAGGCGGUGAGGACGGUCGGGCACUGCCCUGGCUCCACAUCAUAGCCAUUGGUCGCCCAAUACCCGGGAGACUGAAGAGGACUGUCCUGCAAGACACGCACAAUGACGAAGACAACCACUGCUGCAUGGGGGCCGUCGGCACGAGCGAGAAUGUGGCUGGUUCCGAGAAGUGGCUUCCGGAGUUGUUGUCUGGGCUGGAGGAGCUCACGAUCCGCCUCGAUAAAUGCAAGGACCCGGAGAAUCUCGCACAUCCGUACUCUUUCAUAGCGAGUCUGCAAACAUUGCGUACGUCGACUUUGAGUCCCCCCCGGUUCUACCACAACUUCCUCGAGCUCUUCGACCAUCCUACCGAUAUAGGGUCCAGUAUCUCCGGAAUCGCACCGUCGCCGAUCUUUGUCUCGCCCUCCAUGGAGUCCUGCCUCUUGCCCAUCGAGCUAUGCGAGAAGGUCAUGGACGCAAUCCCGCAUUACGUCGAGUUUUCAUAUACUGGCAGCCGUUGGCCAAUGCCGCCCAAGAACGCUUGGGACUCGCAACAAGCACUGUGGGCGUGCGCUCUUACCUGUCACGCAUGGCACGUCCGGGCGCAGUACCUCCUCUGGACCUUCCCGUGCCUCAUCCAAAGCCAACAAUUCCCUCGCUUCAACGCAGCCAUUCGGAAAUCUCUGAACACCCCCACCAUUUGCGGGCUCGCGCUAGGGGCUCUCGACGUUCGCCACGAAGCAUCUGAUCUCAGCACAGCAGGGGAACUCUUCAUGCACUCUUUCCCACAUCUGCGGUACUUGCUGUGCCAAAACAUCAGCUUUGAGCGUGGUCCCUCUCUCCGAGUACUCCACACGCGUAUGCCGUUCUUCUCCAGUAUAACCUCCCUGGAAUUGUGGGGGUGUACCUUCCAGUCCUUGAGAGGGAUGCUCAACAUUGUAUGGGCCUGCUUCAACCUUGCUACACUGAACGUAGUAGACAAUGAGGUCAAAUGGGAGCGCCAUUCCGCCGCAGAAACUCAGGCUCUGUCUGCCGCAGCGCGGAGUUUACGAGCAUGCCGGAAACUUACAAGGCUCUACCUGAAAGAGGAUGCCAAAACAAAAUUCUGGCGCCCUGCUGACGUCGGAGUGAGUGGAGUAGGCCGCGUAUUUGGGUGUGCCGUUACGGAGCUGGUUUUCCAUACUGAUAGGGCUUCCGAGGCCUUCAUCAGCCUCUUCAAAGACUCAUUUCCUGCCCUGCGCUCGGUCACGAUCGCCUUCGCGGAGUUGGAUGAGAACCGGGAACACCCAAGUUGGCUUCAUGUCAUCCUGGCCACAGGUCGUCCAAUACCCGGGAUCUUGAAGACAAUCGUCCUGGAUGGCAACCACCUGCAGGGGUGCCGCAACUGCUGUGAGAAUGCUGUGGGCACGAGCGAGGAGGUGGUCGGUUCCGCACAGCGGCUUCCGGAGCUCUUACCCGAGCUGGCGGAGCUCGUGCUCCGUCUGGACUGGUGCAAAGAUCCGGCAAGUCACGCUGCGUACAUCUGGAAUAUCUUGCCUGGAAUGCGCAAUGUCCUGCGGUUUGAGUAUCGUGCAGAUGUGGAUGAGGGCUGGAAACCAUAUACCAUACUCCCACAGGAUUUCCACGGCUUUUGGCUCAGGAAGAGCUCGCUUGCGCCGGCUGUCGUCCAGCUCGUCUCGAUCUCGACACUCCUAAUUCGCCAGCGGCGGUUUUCUAGUACGGAGUGCUCUCGCCUCCAUUACGGCCGUGGACGCCACAAAUCUCUGAAGGACACCCCUUCUACCUUCGAGGCCACGCUAGGCAGCCUUCACAAGACGCAUCUGCUCUACAGCGCGCAGAAGGAGACGAUAAUCACGCUCACGUCCCUCCGUACCAAGUUCGUGCACAAGACGAGCAACGCGCGCCGCGAGGCUGUCCGCAAGGCCAACAGGAGCAGUUUCAAGCAGAUCCACCAUCUGCAAGAGCCUAUCUACGGGCACGACGACGACUUCGCCAACACUAGCGGCUCGCAUUCGGGCUGCUGCGCUACGCUUUUCGUGCAGUCGACCACCGACGGCGUUGAGCGGAGACCUCCCAAUUUGAAGAUGUAG